CCUUUUUCUCCUCUCUAUGUGUGUUUGCAACUUGGUGGAGGCGGCUCUCUCGUUUCCUCUCAUGGCUAGCUCAAGUUUUGCUCAACGGUGGCUCUUCAGCAAAAUAGGCUGCCAAAUCUAUGCCUUUAUCAUAUUCUCUUUGGGUCUGACGGGGAUAUUUCAUCUUGUGAUUGUAGCGGUAGAUAGAUAUCUAGUCAUAUGCAAAGACACUAAAGUCAAAAAAGGUUCAGCCAUCAAAGGGAGUAUAGCUUGCUGGCUGUCUGGAAUACUAUGGGCGACGCUACCGUUUUUAGGGUGGAAUGGUUAUAUCUUUGAGCGUGCGCAUUUGUCAUGCUGCAUUAACUGGUACUCAAAGGAUCCUCAAGAUUUGAGCUACAUUGUGACAAUCAUGGUCUUCUGUCUGUUUGUACCAAUGGCUGUGAUGUCGUUCACCUACGGAAGAAUAUACAUUACGAUAAAAAACUCACAUCAGCCGUCAGCAAGUACAGGGAAAAAUUCAUCAGGAAAAUUUAGCAGGCGAAAACGAAAACGUCAGACAAAGAUGCUCAAAAUGAUCAUUGCCAUGACCGUUGCAUUCCUACUUUCAUGGUCACCGUACGCCAUAGUCUCGCUUUGGGCUGCGUUCGACGAUCUUCGGCACAUUCCGCCCACUUCCGAUGUCAUCCCGGCAUUACUCGCCAAGGCUUCGGUGAUUUGGAAUCCAAUCAUUUACGUUGCCAUGAACCAGCAGUUUAGAGAAGGGUUUUUACAGUUUAUAGGACGUGAUAUCGGCAGAAGACAGCACGUGGCUGCAGCGACACGAAGUUCGAGACCUAGGCCAACUAUUUUAAAUAGCAAUGGGCAAAGUACGACGAUAUCCUGUUAGCUGGCAUGGGGAGACAGUUUUAGACGUGUAACUGUGGUGCUUACUGGUACAUUCAAAACAUGGAAUCUACCUUUUAAUGCAAUUAGCCUAUUUUUCAUUUAGUUUUGGCACCGAUGAACAACCUUCAUGUAAUCUGAUUAGUCGUUUUUAAGUGUGUUUAUUUGAUUUGAGCACUGUUAUGCAAAAAAAGAAAAAAAUGACGUAAGGAACAAAGAUGCUUACUGAAUUAAGAAUUGAUUUUAAUUGAAUUUUCACCUUAUAACUGUCAGAGUUACAAGUUUCUAAAAGUGACUUAUUUGAACAUUGUCCUCAGACAAAAAGGAUUUUUGUGUUUUUUUCUUCAAAGUAAAAUGAUGUGCACCACUUGAACGUGUAAGUUACAUUUGAAUUAUUUGUAGGAAUAUCAUUUCUGUCUGUCAAUUUAAUGUACGCUAACCCGGUGCAAAGAUAAUGCUCUUUUAAUAUGAUUCAAUGUCAAACUCCACCAGUAAAUCAUA